AGAAGAGAAGAGAGCAAUCUUGUUUUCCUUUCUCUCGCGGAGUCUUUUCGUCUAGUGAGAGAGAGACUACUACGACGCCAAAACUUAAGGCACGCUUCAUUGUGUUUUUUUUGUUGUGAAAAAGCAUACAUAAAUAAUCUUUUUCCUUUUCAUUCUCUCCUUCUCUCUAUUUCUCUCGUUAGAACUUAGAACUAAAACUAAAACCCUUAUUCCUUAAGAAAACCCCUUUUGUACUUUGUUUUCCUUUUCUUCUCUAUUCCGCUACGUAAUGAUUAUUACGGAUCAAGGAACCGUUCUUCUGUAGAAUUUUUCUAGGGUUUUCUUCGGAAGAUGAUGUCUACUAAUUCAUCUUCUUCAUCUACAAAGAUCUGUUUUAAUCCAGACUGUAAAGAUACUAAAUCAGAACGGUAUCGGAAAGGAUGGCGUCUCAGAACCAGCGUUUAUUCUGAGCUAUGUGACCGAUGCGCUUCUGCGUACGAAGAAGGGAGGUUCUGCGAUAUUUUUCACAGUAAUGCUGCUGGUUGGAGGAAUUGUGAAUCUUGUGGAAAGCGAGUGCACUGUGGAUGCAUUGUUUCUACACAUGCAUUUGUACUACUGGAUGCUGGAGGUGUUGAUUGCAUGGGAUGUGCUAGGAAGAACAUCAUGAUGGCUUCAAACCAACUAUGGCCGUCCUCAUCGAUGCCAGAGAGACUUAAAGACCUCUCUGUGAAGAACUGGAAUUCUGGUGCAGGACCUAGCGCAGUUAGCGGACCAAGUCCAGUUGCUGGACGGUGGCUUUCUACUCCGUGGAGUGCUGCGGGUGCUCAGUCUGAAGUGCAUCCUCGAGGGGAUAACUCUUCUUCCACUUCUUUAGAGAAUAAGAAACAUGAAGAUCCAUCUGAAAAAGCUCCUUCGACGAGCCUCAACCUUGCUGUGGUGGAUAGAUUUUCAAAUGGAACUGCUAGUCUUGACACUAUCAAGGAAUUUAAUCCUUUCCAUAGGGAAGAUGGGUAUGUAGAUCGACAGCAAGUUUUACGCAAUCUCAACGGAACCAGAGAUCCAACAGAUGCAAGAAAUGGUGUGAUUGCUGAACCUGGCUUGAAAAGUUCUGCACCAGGAAUUACCGUUGAGACUUUUGCGGCAGAUGUGAGAAACAGAGUUAUUUCUGAACCUGGUUAUAGAAGAUCUGCGUCAACAAAUAUUACCUUUGAAACACUUACACAGUCAUUUGGAAAUGUCUCUGUACAGUCAUGUCCUGCAAAAGAUGACCGCUCUACUCCAUAUAUUGGUCUGACUCUACCUUAUUCACAUCAUGAGACAAAUGUUCCAAAUAGGAUUUCUAGUUAUCAGCCACACCUACAACACCCUCCACCUUUAGGCAAACCGUUUUAUCCCAACCAGUUGGGUGGAAUAGACUUAUCUGCUGAGGCUCAAAUACGUAAUGGAAGGCCUCGAGGGGAUGUUCGCAGCCGCAAUCAGUCACUUCCCAGAUAUUCUCCCAGGAUAACUGAUCAAGAGCUUCGGCAAAUUUCUGGAGACUCUAAUUCUGUCAUAACACCCUUGUUUGAGAAAAUGUUAAGUGCUAGUGAUGCUGGCAGGAUAGGGCGUCUGGUGCUGCCAAAAAAAUGUGCAGAGGCUUAUUUUCCUACCAUUUCUAAUCCAGAAGGGUUGCCUCUCAAAGUUCAAGAUUUACAAGGCAGGGAAUGGGUAUUUCAGUUUCGUUUCUGGCCCAAUAAUAACAGCAGGAUGUAUGUUUUAGAAGGGGUUACACCUUGCAUUCAGUCAAUGCAACUGCAAGCUGGUGAUAUAGUAACAUUCAGUCGGAUAGAUCCGGAGGGAAAGUUGGUGAUGGGAUGUCGCAAGGCUUCAAAUGGUCCAGGGUGUGACCAGGACAACCAAUCGAGUAAAGCUGGAGAUGGCAUUUUUAAAAGUCCAGAAGGCAAUAUUAGAAAUUCUAAACCUUGUGAAGUUGUUUCAACUCCAUUAAUGGGAGGGAUGGAAUCCACUAGUUACUCUUCUAUCAACCAGUUUAACUCAGAAGACCCCACAAUUGACUGGUCUAAGGUUGACAAAUCGAGUUAUAUUGCUAAAGAUGUGCAAUGUUCUAAGCCUUCUGUCCUUCCUAGUAAGAGGAAAAGCAGCACUCUUGGUUCAAGAAGUAAACGCUUAAGAAUGGAAACUGAGGAUCAAAUAGAGCUCAAACUUACAUGGGAAGAAGCUCAAGGAUUGUUACGCCAUCGGCGUGACAAUGCUCCAAGUGUUGUGGUAAUUGAAGGGCACUCGUUUGAGGAGUAUGAGGAAGCACCGAUUAUUGGGAGGCCUACAAUUUUCAUUACCAAUAAUGUGGGUGAAAGGAAUCAAUGGGCUCAGUGUGAACGGUGUUCCAAGUGGCGUAAACUUCCUGAACAUGCACUUCUUCCCUCAAGGUGGAUCUGCUCAGAUAACUUAUGGGAUCCCGAAAGGUCUUCUUGUUCAUCAGCUCAGGAAUUAACUCUGGAGCAGCUUGAAGAUAUACUCUCAUCUACUAGUAAUGAUGGUUCGAAAAAUGCCAAGGCCAAAAACAAAGAUUCAGAUCCCGUUGAAGCAUCCGAAGGACUUGGUGCUCUUGCAAACGUUGUCACCCAGGAAAAUCAUGAAGCUUUUGCUUCCACCCAACAGACUACCACAAGGCACCCUCGACAUAAGCCAGGUUGCACGUGCAUUGUCUGCAGCCAGCCCCCAAGUGGAAAGGGGCCAAAGCACAAAGAUACAUGCACAUGCAAUGUUUGCGAUACCGUUCGGCGCCGUUUCCGAACCCUAAUGGAGCGUCGUGAGAAGCGUCAAUUAGAGAAGGAAGCAGAGACUGCACGAAAGAAACAGGAAGAGAAUAUAGAGAACGAGGAUGAUCGACUAAUAAGCAGUAGUAAGAAAAACAAAACCUAUGCUUCAAGCCGUAAGAUGAUCAAGGAGUGUGAUGAAAACGGAAUUGGAAAUAAAUUGUCGUCAUCCCCAUUUAAAGGUGGAAUUGACUUGAACAUACAACCAGAAAGAGAGGAUGAGCAUUCAACUGUUCCAGAUUUAGGAGACACAGCGAGGACCAUGUCUCAUGGGGAGCAGCCACAAAUGUUAGCAAGUUCUGAUGGCUACAUAGAAUUGGUUGUCAACAAGAAAGAAGGUGUAGGAAAUGAUGCAGGAGGAGCCGUGAAGCUUGAGAAUGAUGGUUCAUAUGGAAAUGGUAGAUACAAUUUGGAUACUGACCAGGACCACCCGGUGACGACUCUGGUGCCGGUAUCCACAUCAACAACUGGUUAGUAAAUUUGUGACAUACAUAAUCUGCCAUGUUCACAGUGAGCCAUUGUCUUAGCUUUUGUUUCCCUGUAUAUAUUCCUUCACAGUAGUAGCAUCAUUCGCACAGAUAUCGUAAACCAACCGGCUUUUCCUUGUACAUAGAGAAUCUAAAGAAAAAGAGAGUAGGAGUUUGAGGCUUGGUGUACUUGAUUUCUGAUUGAAGAUGAUAUGUACGCAGCAGUCAGAAAUAUUUGUCCAUGCCAACUUGAGAGCAGGCAGUGAGGGCUUAAUUUCUGACAUUUUUUUGGUCAACAUUAAAUAGGUGCGCUCCACUAUGACACGUCAACAGGAUGUAUUCUGAUGUGUAUACAGUUCCUAAAAUAUGCUGAAUUCAGAAAUUUGUUGCCCCAUUAUAUUCAAGAUAAAUUUUUUAA